AUGACCGACAGCUAUGCUACGUGGGUGAUGAGGGGACGAAUCCAACAGAAAUGGAUUGAAAACCGUGCAGCGGAUUGCCAGUAUCCCAUUUCCACAUUCACUUUGACGCCCAGACACCAGGACUAUAUUGUCGAUCGCACAUCUGUGAAGCUCGAUGCGAAGUUAGUAACUGCCCUUAGCAUGAAAAAUACGAAUUCCACCUAUCGAAAGAUCAGCAUCACGCAGCGUGACGAAGGUCCCCCAGUGUGGUGGAUUGGACGCACCGGGCCGGGAGUGAUUUUCAUUGAUGAUAUCUUUAGGUCUAAGAGAAGCAACGAUCCCUACGUAUCGGAGUUUACCAAGGCUGCUUACCGGAUGGAUUUCCCCUUGGAUAGCUUGAGAAAUGUAUUUGUUUCCAACGUCAACGAAAAGAACACUCUAUUGUGUGUUAGAGAGAUAUACAAAGCCCGCGAAGGAGAACGUUAUCCGUCCAGCACAGAGCAGACCUGGGAGUCCUCCUCGUCUGAGUACCAUGCUCUGCUAGGUAUCGGUAUAGGCAAACUUGUUGCAGCAUUUGUUCUGUGUGCGUGGGGCCAAGGGAGAAAGCGAAUCGCGAGAAUCGUUACUUUACACAUUGACGCUGACGUUCACAAGUUGUACAUGCGGUUUGAUCUGGAGGAUAUGUGA